CUUUGUUGGGUAGGCAUACACAAAGCGAUACUUGUUAUUUAGAAGGGCACUUCCUCAAUAACUAAUGCUCUGAUGAGUGGGAGGGAACAUUCAAGAAUGAGUCAGCAGCCUAUAAAGCACUGAGCUUCAUUGGUAAAGGCAGUAUUCACCGGCGCUCUUCAACAGAACCUGCACGCAACUCAUCUUCCAGCUGAACAAAGCAACCCUCCAAGGAAACAUGGCAAAGCGUGUCGCAGUGCUGCUUUCUGGCUGUGGCGUGUACGAUGGCACAGAGAUCCACGAGGCUUCAGCCACACUGGUGCACCUGAGUCGUGCUGGAGCCAAGGUGAAGAUGUUCGCUCCCAACACGGAGCAGAUGCACGUGGUGAACCACUGUGAGGGGAAGCCCAUGGAGGGGAAGCGCAAUGUGCUGCAGGAGAGCGCACGUAUCGCCAGGGGCGACGUGACCGACCUGACCAAGCUGGACGUGAAAGACUUCGACGCCCUCAUCAUUCCAGGGGGCUUCGGAGUGGCUAAGAACCUGAGCGACUGGGCGGUGAAGGGGAAGGACUACACCGUCCAGCCCCAGGUGGAGAAGGUCAUCAAGGCCUUCAGGCAGGCGGGCAAGCCCCUUGCCAUGUGCUGCAUCUCCCCAGUGCUGGCCGCCAAGGCUCUGCCUGGCUGCGAGAUCACCGUGGGCCAAGACAAAGAGUGUGAAAAGUGGCCCUACGCCCAGACGGCGGGCGUGAUGAAGGACAUGGGCUGCACGCACGUGAACAAGAACGUUGGAGAGGCCCACGUGGACGUGAAGAACAAGCUGGUCACCACCAGCGCCUUCAUGUGCAACGCUGCCUUCCACGAGGUGUUUGAUGGCAUCGGCGUCAUGGUCUCAGAGCUGCUGAAACUGGCCUAGGAAAAGGGCUUUGUGCUUUUGGAAUUUUACUCUUUGUUGUUUGAGUGCUGCUAAAUGCCCUAAAUGUAUAUGUAAAUUGACAUUGUUAGGUUUUUACAUUGUAUGAUUUGAACUCAAAUUAAUCUUUCUGCACCAUCCUCAGAUGACAUUUCGUUUCAUCUGUUGAUUCAACCAAUAUGUAA